AUGGCAAAAUCAAUACCUAAAAAAGGUUCGCGUAAAAAUGUACGUAUUGGUUCGCGUAAUCAUACUCGUAAAAUACCAAAGGGAAUUAUUCAUGUUCAAGCUAGUUUCAACAAUACUAUUGUAACUAUUACAGAUGUACGAGGUCGGGUGAUUUCUUGGUCCUCCGCUGGUACUUGCGGAUUCAAGGGUACACGAAGGGGAACACCUUUUGCCGCUCAAACUGCAGCAGGAAAUGCUAUUCGAACAGUAUCGGAUCAAGGCAUGCAACGAGCAGAAAUUAUGAUAAAAGGGCCUGGCCUCGGAAGAGAUGCAGCAUUAAGAGCUAUUCGUAGAAGUGGUAUACUAUUAAAUUUUAUACGAGAUGUAACUCCUAUGCCACAUAAUGGAUGUAGGUCUCCGAAAAAAAGACGUGUAUAA